AGAAAAAGAAAAGAGUUCAGCCAUAAAUGCUGCGGUUUCAAACAGCUUUGUUGACAAAGACUACCCAUCUCAGAAAAGUCUUCCCCCAUUUCAAUUUCAUUCUCAUUACUUAUUAAUUCAAUCAAGAACGUCGGUUCCAUAAUCAAAGAAUUAGGUUAACUUUGAUUCAAGCUUGAAUCUUUUCCUUAUGGAGUCUAAACCGGAGAAGAUCUUUGUCGCGAUUGGAGACGAUAAGCAAGAUGGGUUUUCCACCCUUUCAUGGGUUCUCAAGAAAUGGUCAAAUUCUUCCUCAAUCACCAUUGUAAUUCUUUACUCCACCAUCCCUUCAUUCAAAGAUGGCUUUAUUCAAACAUACUUUGGAAAGAUGCCUGCAAAUUAUGUAAACGAUGCAACGGUUGAAGCUCUUAGAAAGACUAAAGAAGAAGAUAAUGAUAAACUGUUGUCAGAAUACCAAGCUUUCUGUGGAAAGGUUCCAACUGAAAUUCUCAAGAUAAAGAAAUACGAUGAACCAAUUCAUAAGCUUUUGGUGGACUUAUUAUCCGGUCUAGCUGCAACCAAAUUGGUGAUGGAUAUUUCGUUUAUGAAAUACUCUUCAUGGAAAUCCAAAGGUGCAAUAACCGACUCUCUAUAUAUUCAAAGGAAUAAACCGGAUUUCUGUGAAAUGUUCAUAGUGUUUGGAGGGAAAUUGGUGUUUUUGAGAGAAGAUAAUAUUAAUUAUAGUGAAGGAAUCUCGGUUGAGGAUGAGAAUGGAAUUGUUAUAGCUUCUAAGCUUAAAGAGAAAGGAAGUAGUAGUAAUAGUAUUAUGGGAUUGUGGGGGAAAAUGUUAUCGGCAAGGGUCGCCGGAGAUCAGAAGAAUGUCCUUGACUCGCCGUCUUCUACUGCCGGAAAAUAUUCCUCCGAUGAGUGGGAUAAUUGUGUUCAUGAGAUUGAGAGUUAUUUUGGUCAACUAAUGAGUUUAAAUGAUAAUGAUGAUAAUGAAGAUGAAGAUGAAAGAAGUAAGGACAAGGAGUGUAUGAUGGAGAUUAGUCGACCGGAAAUUAUGAUCGAUUCCGAUGAAAUUGAAGCAUUAAGGAUUAAAGUCGACAAAGCUCGAGAAUCAAUCCAACAAAUGAGGAACGAAAUAAAGGGAAAUGUGGAAAGGCAAACCAAAGCUGAAUGGGCUCAUUCCUUGUGCGCUCGCAGGGCCGAGGUGCUUGAAACCCGAAUCAAAGAAGAGAUUAUUAGCCAAACCGAACUAAAAAGAGAGUUUGAAAAUAUACAAGAUCAAUCCGAAGACAUUUCUAAAGAGAUCGAAGACAAGUUGCAAAAACUCAAGUCAAUUGUUGAGCUACUAGAUGAGCUUUCCGCGAGACUCCACAUUUCAUCCAUGGCCCGAUCGCGGGCUGAUUUAGAACUCGAGAAGGCUGUGGCAAGAAGAGCCGAUACGGUUCGUCAGAUCGAGGAGUUGAGGCGUCAGAGGGACGUUUUGCAUCGUAGGAUUGAGUUUUGCAAGGAAAAGGAUGCCAUUAGAACGGCUAACCAAUUGGGAGAGUUGGAGUUUCAAUAUAAAGAGUUUGAUGCCCAAGAGAUUAGGAAAGCUACUGAAGAUUUUUCGGAGAAUUUAAGGUUGAAAUCUGCUGGAAAUUUUACAAAUGUAUACAAAGGUAGAAUCAAUAGAACCUUUGUUGCAAUCAAAUUGUUCAACAUCCCUGGGGAAGAACUGACUCAUGAAGCCUUUCUAUCUAAGGUACAACUUCUUGGCCAAAUACACCAUCCCCACAUAGUCUCUAUGAUCGGUUUCUGCGCAGAACUCAAAUGCAUAGUGUUUGAGUACAUGCACCGCGGCUCCCUAAGAGACGUAUUAUUUGGGAGCCGCAAAAGAAACAGAUCUUUAAGUUGGAACUCAAGGGUGCACAUAGCAUCUCAAGUGUGUUCGGGCCUAGGUUUCAUUCACUCGGCCCGACCUAAGCCUUUAGCUCACGGAAGCCUAGAUCCAUCCAAGAUUCUUCUUGACCAAAGUUUAGUUGCAAAAAUCCACGGAAUCGGGCAUAUUUGGUGUCAAAAUGAAUCCGAGACCAAACCCGAUAUUCGGGCCUUUGGAAAUUUGGUGUUACAACUUUUAACCGGAAGGAAUUGGGCAGGACUUGUUGAAGAGACAAUGUUGGCCGAUCAUGGGGCUGUCUUAAAGGUUCUAGAUCCAACAGCUGGACAAUGGCCAAUGGAUUUAGCGUUGGAGUUUGCGGGAAUUGGCUUGAAAUGCUUGUCUAUGGAUAUUGGGCCCGAAAUGGGAUCUCCUAUAGCUAUAGUUGCAAGUGAAGUAGAAAAAGUGAGAAGGGAUGCAGCCAAUUUGGUUGGAGAAGACAAAAAUCCAAAGAAAGAAGAUAAUGAGGAGUCAAGUGAUGUACCAAGAGUAUUUAUUUGCCCUAUAUUUCAGGGAGUGAUGAAGAACCCACAUGUGGCAGCAGAUGGGUUUUCAUAUGAGCUAGAAGCAAUAGAGGAAUGGUUAAGCAAAGGCCAUGAUACAUCACCCAUCACUAAACUCAAGCUUAAACAUAAAUCUUUCACUCCUAAUCACACACUCCGUUCCUUAAUCCAAGAUUGGAAUCAUGAGAGACAUCGGUCAAGUGGUCUCAUACCAAUCCAUGGAAAUAAUUACAAGUAAUUGAAAUAAAGAUUAGUAGAAUAAUACAAAAAAUAGUUAAUAAUUGUAUAUGAAAAGAAAAUGUGAGUUACAUUAUUUUAUUAAGUUUGUUGAUAUUA